AUGAGACGUUAUCACGAGUUCUUGGCCCCUUUCCCUGCAACACCCAAGCCCGAUCGAGUUGUUCGAGGCGCCAUUCAAGCGGGUCAAAGCUGUUUAUUCAAUACAGAAACUGGGCCAUCUUUCGCGACGUUCGGAUUGUUACAGGACAGUCGCACAACUCCACGGUCAGCCUUGUUCCGCAUGCCGUCAGCCAAGUACACUCGGUGGCUGAUCGGUGGAGAUCUUCCCCGGUGGACAUCAAAUCCACCUCAGGGGGCUCGAAAUAGGGUCUAUGUGGCGGUGACCCUAGCCGUGGAUUCCGAGGACCAGUUGAGUUUGUUGAGGAUCGCUGAAGGCAGCAAGAAUAUUCUCUACAGCGCAAUUUCUAUAAUCGGAUCCGAAAUCCAGGCUGUGCUGGGCAACUUACAGAAUUAG